ACUGCUGCUAAUGGGGUUCUUCGCCCUGGGGCCUGACAGCUCCCAGCCAGUCCCCCUGGUUUAGAAUUUGGGGUACACCAAAUAAAUGCUGGUAAGCCUAUGACGGAGGACGAGCGGCAGUUGUGGGGCUCUGAGAAAAGGGGGUACAUUGUGAUUCUCAGCUCAGGGCGCAUGGCAGGCUUGCGGUCGGGGAGCCAUGCUGAGCUGGCUGGCUUUGGGCAGUGCCGGCUGGGAGGGCAGGUGCCUGGGUCCCCGUUCAGCAGGCCUCCCGGCACUCCUGUCCUCUGCCCGCCCCCAGAUCACCCCCUCCUCAUCUCACAUCUCCUUCGCAGUGGAGGAGACCCUCCCCAGCCACACACCGGGCCCAGGUGGGUGUGUGAGGUGGGGGUGGGGCUGGCUCCUGCAGCAGGAAAGGAUGGGGGAGCGAGACCCGGACUCCGCACCCCACCUGCAAGCCUGGACGCUUAGGGGCCUCCGCCCACUCCAGCCCUGUGCCCACCUCCCGGCUCCUGCUCUCCCUCCCCUGCCUGUGGGCCCCAUCUCCGCCUGAAGCAGUGUUCACUCCUCACCCCCCACCCGAAGGAACUGGCAGUAAAAGCAGGGUGGGGGAGUCUGGAUGAGGGAAGUGGGGUCCGGAUGAAGGGAGGGUUCGGAUUUCCUCUUGGGUUGAGGCAGGGCUGGAUACUGGAUACAGUGGGUACCGUAUGGAAUGUCAGGCUUUGAGAAAUGGGGAGGAGUCGCCCUCUGCCUCAGUCUCCCCAGAUCUCUAGGGGAGGAGAUGAGGUUUUGCUUAGCAGGAAGAAGCCCUAGUUUCUUAGGACGCCUCUCCCCUUCAAGUCCCUCCACCCCAGGGGAAAGGGCCCAGGGAAUUGGCUGGAAUAGAGCCAGGAUAGGGGGUUCUCUGGGGCAGCUGGCGGGGAGCCCAGGUUGAGGGGAAGGAGGAAGGGAAUCUGCUAGGCACCUGCCCCCUUCCCCACCACCCCCAAGGUUGGCACAGAUGCUUCCUUCAGGCCUUACCUGCCCACCCCAGUUUUGUUUCCCCAGCCUCCUCCCUCUUCUGAGGCUCUGACUCUUGAACCCAAGGCAUUCCCUCAAAUGACCGUAUCUCCGACUGGGGUCCCUCUCCCCAGCUGCUCUAUCCAGCUGCUCCUAAGCCUAGGAUGGGGGUGGGAGUAGCCAGGCCCUUCUGGCUUCUCAGAAUUCCUACUGGUUGGUGGUGUGGGGGGGUGGAUGAAGACCUUGUGCACCUCCUCCUAGGCUCUUCCCUUCUCCCACAUGGGCACACAGACCUCCACUCUCCCAUAUUAGCUGGGUUCCCUUGGGCAAGUCACUUAACCUCUCUGAGCCAUAAUUUGCUCAUUUGUAAGACAUGGAAGGAUAGGAUUCAAAAUAAAGUAAGAAUUAAAUCAUAUCAAAUGUGCAAAAAAACAGUAGAGGGGUGCCAGCUUCCUGGAGGACCACGGAGUGAGAGUGGCUGGAGGGUGUGCACCCACCCUGCAGGGUUGGGAUCUGGCCUGGGAGGGGAGGGGGACUCAGGGGAACAGCUGGAUGGGAUGCCUAGGGCAGGCGUGGCGUUGGACUGGGAACCUGAGCUAAGACACCUGUCACUGCUGAGUGUCGGGCUCCACUUUAAGUCUUUCUCUCCCCGAAGUCUCCACAGCACCCUGACCUCCCCAGGUCCUGCUGCUCUCAGUGCCAGCCUCUUCCUUCUGCACUCAGCCCACUCCCUACCUGCCUCCUGGGCCCCCGACUGAGGCGUCCGCACAAGCGUGACACACCUUGUUAGCAGGAAGGGAGGGUCAAGAUGUGUGUUCUUGUGUGAGGGGCUGUGCUGCGAGGGAAAGGGUGCCCCCGAUCAGAGAGACUGCCUGGGAAAUCUCCCCAUCACCCCAUCUGAGGGCAGGACGCCUGCCUGAUGGCCUGGCCAGACUCUCCUGGGGCUGGGGUCAGAGGCAUCCCUGGAAAGCAAAAGACUUGGGCUUUCCUCCCCAGCUCCCACCACAAUAGUUUCCCUUGGGCCUGGGUUGCCCCCUCCCAGAUCUCCUUCCCCUUGCCAGGGCCCCAGCUCCCUGCCUGAUCUCCUGGGAGGAAUGAGGGCGUUGUCAUGGUGAUUGACUGUAGCUGACCAGCUGGGAGGGGGCAGGAGUUAUUUGUUUGGGCUUUGGGUUGGGGUGAGUGCCUAAAUCUGAAGGGAAAUAGGCUCAUGCAAAGGAUUCUGGGAAAAGGACAAAUGAUGGGAAUGACCAGUUUCCUAGUGUCCCCUGUCAAUUUUUUCCCAAGACCCCAAACUCUGCCCUAGCCUCCAUCCUCCCUUUCAAACUGCUCAAUCUUGACCCUUCCCCUCUCUGCCUGUGCACCCAGCUUUACUUAGCCUUUCCCAGCCUUCCCGUCCUUCUCCUCUCUCCAGGCCCAGGGUUAAGAAUAUCACUUCUAGAGGCAGACUGCCAGGUUUGGAUCCCAGAUCUCCACUUAACUGUAGUCCAAGUAUCUAAACGCUUAAGCCUCAGUUUCCUUAUCUGUAAAGUGGACUAAAAGCAUAUUUUAUCGAAUCUAAUAUGCCACUCACUGACUGUAAGAUGCCCCAUUAGUUCAGGUACCAGUAAGAAAGGAAACAAUGCUGCCAGUUACGAUGAUGGCAUAGCCGGAGCUUAGAAAUGGGAAAAUGUGACACAGCGCAUGUGUUAGACGAGGAAAUGUGGGAAGAGUCCCACCUCCCUCAUGGGCUGAUGGGUUUCAGUGAGUGCUCUGUGAAUGCUGGCUCUUAGAUCAUGCCUUCUCUAGCCUCAGCCCCAAGGACUCUUGCAAACACAGCCCCUUCCUCUGAUCUUGGGGCUCCCCCCAGUUCUUUCUCCCUCCCUCGUCCUCACUCCCUUCACUCUAUCUUGCCUACAGAGAUCCUGAUCAAGGUGCAGGUGUAUGUAAGCGGGGAGCUGGUGCCCCUGGCCCGGGCCUCAGUGGAUGUGUUUGGGAACCGGACUCUGCUGGCGGCUGGCACCACAGACUCAGAAGGCGUGGCCACCCUGCCCCUCAGUUAUCGCUUGGGCACCUGGGUGCUGGUCACUGCUGCCCGCCCUGGCUUUCUCACCAACUCUGUGCCCUGGCGUGUUGACAAGCUGCCCUUGUACGCAUCCGUCAGCCUCUACCUGCUCCCCGAGCGGCCAGCCACACUCAUCCUCUAUGAGGACCUGGUGCACAUCCUCCUAGGCUCUCCGGGGGCCCGCUCCCAACCCUUGGUGCAGUUCCAGCGCCGGGCUGCCCGCCUGCCUGUCAGCUCCACCUACAGCCAGCUCUGGGCCUCGCUCACGCCUGCCAGCACCCAGCAGGAAAUGCGGGCUUUCCCUGCCUUCCUGGGCACUGAGGCCUCCAGCUCAGGCAAUGGCUCCUGGCUGGAGCUGAUGCCCCUGGCUGCUGUGAGCGUGCACCUGCUGACAGGUAAUGGGACAGAGGUGCCACUCUCAGGCCCCAUUCACCUGUCCCUGCCCAUGCCCUCCGAGACUCGUGCCCUGACCGUGGGCACCAGCAUUCCAGCCUGGAGAUUCGACCCCAAGAGUGGGCUGUGGGUGCGCAAUGGCACUGGUGUAAUCCGGAAGGAAGGCCGGCAGCUCUACUGGACCUUCGUCUCCCCCCAGCUGGGGUACUGGGUGGCCGCCAUGGCCUCCCCCACGGCUGGGCUGGUCACCAUCACGUCGGGCAUCCAGGACAUUGGCACCUACCACACCAUCUUCCUGCUCACCAUCCUGGCAGCCCUGGCCCUGCUGGUGCUCAUCCUGCUCUGUCUGCUCAUCUACUAUUGCCGGAGGCGCUGCCUGAAGCCGAGGCAACAGCACCGCAAGUUGCAGCUAGCGGGGCCCUCAGACGGUAACAAACGAGACCAGGCCACCUCAAUGUCCCAGCUCCACCUCAUCUGUGGGGGACCCCUGGAGCCCGCCCCGUCGGGGGACCCCGAGGCUCCGCCUCCAGGCCCCCUCCACUCGGCCUUCUCCAGCUCCCGGGACUUGGCCUCCUCCCGGGACGACUUCUUCCGCGCCAAGCCGCGCUCUGCCAGCCGCCCGGCCGCCGAGCCUUCGAGUGCCCGUGGGGGCGAGAGCGCUGGGCUUAAGGGCGCGCGCUCGGCCGAGGGCCCUGGCGGGCUGGAGCCCGGCCUGGAGGAGUAUCGGCGGGGGCCCUCGGGGGCCGCAGCCUUCCUGCACGAGCCGCCCUCGCCGCCGCCGCCCUUCGACCACUACCUGGGCCACAAGGGGGCGGCCGAGAGCAAGACCCCCGACUUCCUGCUGUCGCAGUCGGUGGACCAGCUGGCGCGGCCGCCGUCGCUGGGCCAGGCGGGGCAGCUGAUCUUCUGCGGCUCCAUCGACCACCUCAAGGACAACGUCUACCGCAACGUCAUGCCCACACUGGUGAUCCCCGCGCACUACGUGCGCCUCGGCGGCGAGGCGGGCGCCGCGGGCGUGGGCGACGAGCCGGCCCCGCCUGAGGGCGCGGCCCCCGGCCCGGCGCGCGCUUUUCCCCAGCCUGACCCCCAGCGCCCGCAGAUGCAGGGCCACCCAGGCGCGGGGGGCGAGGGCGGCGGGGGCGGCAGCGAGGGCUGGGGGGGCGGGCGCGCAGCGCCCGUCAGCGGCUCGGUCACCAUCCCGGUGCUGUUCAACGAGUCCACCAUGGCGCAGCUCAACGGGGAGCUGCAGGCGCUGACCGAGAAGAAGCUGCUGGAACUGGGCGUCAAGCCGCACCCGCGAGCCUGGUUCGUGUCCCUCGACGGGCGCUCCAACUCGCAAGUGCGUCACUCUUACAUCGACCUGCAGGCGGGCGGCGGGGGCCGCAGCACCGACGCCAGCCUGGACUCAGGCGUCGACGUGCACGAGGCGCGGCCCGCGCGCCGCCGGCCCCCGAGGGAGGAGCGGGAGCGCGCCCCGCCCGCCGCGCCGCCGCCCCCGCCCGCGCCCCCGCGCCUGGCGCUCAGCGAAGACACGGAGCCCAGCAGCAGCGAGAGUCGCACGGGCCUCUGCUCUCCCGAAGACAACUCACUGACGCCGCUGCUGGACGAGGUGGCGGCGCCCGAGGGACGGGCGGCCACGGUACCCCGGGGGCGGGGCCGCAGCCGCGGGGACAGCUCCCGCAGCAGCGCCAGCGAGCUGCGGCGCGACUCGCUCACCAGCCCGGAGGACGAGCUGGGGGCGGAGGUGGGCGACGAGGCGGGAGACAAGAAGAGCCCGUGGCAGCGGCGGGAGGAGCGGCCGCUGAUGGUGUUCAAUGUCAAGUAGGCCCGCGCCGGGCCUGGCACCGCCCCUCCUGCGCGGGCCCGCACCCGGGGUGCGCGCCCUGGGGGCCUGCGGGGCCCUGAUGCGUUGCCCCCAGCCGUAGGCCGGAGAGGGACCCAGGGGCCUCGGAGCCGUUCCGUGGUAGGUGCCGGGUUGUGUCUUACAAGGGACCCUGUGUCUGCCUCCAAGCCGGGGAGGAGGGGGGUCCAGCCCCCACGGGGAGGUGCCGGGGAGGAGGGCUGGGGGGAAGCAGUGCCUGUGUAGCGUGGCUGUAUAUAGAAAGCUCUAUUGUGGGAAAGCAGGAGGGGUGACCCAGCCUCAGCUACUAGUGUGAGGGCUGGGAAGGAAGGGGGCGUUCUCUAUGGCCCCCUGGGAGGGGAGGGAGUGCUGCUUGCUGACUAGCCCACCUCUGGGCUACGAUGUCACAGGGCUGGUGGCUGGGGCAGCUCUGGGGACUAGGGGGUAAUGUGAUAUGGCCGCUGUGGGCAGCAGCAAAUAUAAACUGGUGAGGUUAA